AUUAUUCUCUCUUUCUUUCUCGCUCUUGCCCCAGUGCCCCUCGUCUCCUUUCUCUUUCCUCCAUCUCCCACCUGCUGUGCGCCAAGGGUCGUACCUCGUCAGCGCGCCGGUCGCCCCUCCAUUCGCCUGUCGACAGUCGUCUGUCUGCCUAUCUGCCUGCCUCAGAAACCAUUCUCAGGAGUGCCUUUUUCUCUUCGUCAGCGACAACACUAACAUAUCAACACCACGUCGAAGUAGGCUCGCUCGAUCUGGACCGCUAGCUUCAGAGAAGCUAUCUUACAGGAACAAGGAGCUUUUAUCACGUACAGCAACGACAAUCAUGUCAGACUUUGGCUCGCUUCGACCCCCCGCUUCGCCAGGUCGUGCCUCGUCGCCGGUCGGAGGCACUAACCCGAGCUCGAACCGGUACUCGCUCGGUAAGCAGUCCUCUGGAGGCGGCCCUGGGGGCCCGGUCAGGAGCCCGAGCAUGGGUACCAUGCCCAUGCCAAACACGCCAGGUAGCGCUCGAGGUCUCAGGCCUAGCUCGGAGCUUCUCGGUAUGGCCCAGCAGGGGACCCCAGAGUCCGACGCCAUCGACAAGUGGUUUGAAGACCUGCAGAACUACGAGGCCACUCUUGAGGAGAUGGCUGCUGCUUCCCUCGACCAAAACUUCAAGGAGGAACUGAGCGCCAUUGAGCAGUGGUUCCGCGUUCUUUCCGAGGCUGAGCGUACGGCGGCUCUCUACAGCCUGCUGCAGGAAUCAACGCAGGUCCAGAUUCGUUUCUUCAUCACUGUCCUUCAGCAAAUGGCGAGGAGCGACCCCAUGUCGGCCCUUCUCUCGCCCUCGCACCCUCAGUCAGGCUCAAUGGCUGAGCAGAUGGAGGCGAAGCUGGCCUCCCUCGGGCUCAAGAGCCCUAGCGCCAUGAAGUCGCCUGCUUCACCCAACAACCGCGGCUACCGACAGUCGUCUGACGCUGCUGGCUUCCUCAGCCCCAAUGCGGCCGCCAUGUAUUCGCCUGGUCACGCUGAGGCUGCUGCCACACUCGCAGCUCAGCGCGCCAAACUCAAGGCUAACCGCAUCUCGGCCCCCGGCACCCUCGCAGGUGAACAUGGCAGUCGUAACUUCUCGGGAGGCAGUCUGGACCAGGUCCAAGAGCGAGGCAGUGGCUCUGGUUCUGGUGCCGGUGCAGGCUCCGAAGGCGCCAUGGGCCGGCCCAAGUCGACCGACGGCCUCUCGGCGGCCUCCAAGAGCCCUCGCCCUAGCGGACCUCUGGACGAUCAACUUUCGCCAAUCACCUCGUCUGGCAACUGGGCCAGCAUGGGCAAUACUCCCUUGAUGCCAAUGUUCGACGAUGGAAACAACAGCGGUGCCGAUGCAAACGCCACCCUCGAGGCGGCCGCCGCUCAGCUCGCCUCCGUCGGUGGACAGGGCAACCGGAACGUGUUGCUGGACAAUGAUGUGAGCAAGUAUCGCCGCAAGUCGCCCCAAGCACCCAUGUCUGGAGGUCAGAUGGGCAACCAACAGGGUAACAAUGGUGGAGUCCAAGGCGUCUUGUCGGGCAUGUACAAUGCUGCUACCGGCGACCACCACCACCACUCGAGCCCACAUGCCAGUCCCAAUGUUGCCGCUACCAAUGCCUCCCCGGGUCCUUGGAACUCUACGCAGAAUGACUUUCUGCGUCAGGCGAUGGCCAAUACGGCGUCGCCCAACGCGGGACAGGGCGCGUUCAACCUCGCGCAAAUGUCGCCGAAUUCGCUUGCGGGACUACAGAGCCCCUCGGGCGGGCUGGGGAACCCAAUGAAUAUGCAGAUGAUGAAUGCCAUGGCUGCCAUGGGCGGCCUAGGAAACAUGUCCGCCGCCCAGUUCAUCCAGAUGCAGCAGCAGAUUAUCCAAUCUCAACAGCAGAUUGCUGCCUUGGCGGCUGGCGGCAACAAUCUGGCCGCCUUGUAUCAACAGCAGCAAGGCUUUGGAGCUCCCAACCGAGGACAAGGCAUGAGGAGCGGCGGCAUCUUCGGUGGCUCUGGGCUCUCGCCCGGCUCGAUGGGCGCCAAUGCUGGACGGCGAUCACCGGGAAUGACGACCUCUCGGCUUCCUUCAAGCGCGCGCACCAAUGUAUCCUCAACCAGCACGCAGGGUGGCGCGCAAAAGGAGGCAAACGAGGAAGAUGUGGCAGACAUCAACAUCAUUUCAGAUGUGCCAACGUGGUUGCGCCACCUGAGGCUGCACAAGUACACGCCGAACUUCGAAGGGAGCAACUGGCGAGAGAUGGUGCUCAUGGACGACGCCGCCCUCGAGGCGAAGGGCGUCGCUGCGCUGGGAGCUCGACGAAAGAUGCUUAAGACAUUUGAGAUCGUCAGGGAAAAGCACGGGAUCACCUUGCCUGGCGGCGGCACAACUGCACCCAAAGAUGACGAGACCAAGGAGGACGAUGAUGAUGGCGGUGACGGUCCAGAAGUUGGCGCCGGUAGCGACACGCAGCAGGAAUCAUCGGUUGCUGCAGCAAAGAAGGACGAUGAUGCUUCUUCUCAAGUCGCUACGCAAGUGUAGAGACUUGACC